AAUUUAUCAAAGAGAAAAGAAAAGAAAAAAAGAGUAGCGCGUGGUGUUUCAAUCCGGUAUUUAGGUCCCCGAGGAGGCCUCUUUUCUGAUUUCUCGUUUGCCAAGCAAAGUCAGAAAAGAAGCAGAACUCGUUUCGCUCCAACUCAGUGCCCACUCAAUCGACUAACCAUGGACGCACAAGAAGGAACUCAGCAGUCACAGCAACUCAUCCUUGCCCACAACGUCUUCCUCCUCAAGCACCCAGACGUCCCUGACAUCGAGAAGGUACGGCUCAAGGACGAGGUCCUCAAUUCGGUCAAAUCCAAUGAUAUGACUCCAUAUUAUGAAACCCUAGUUGCUGAUAAAGUGGUGGAGCUGGAUCAGAGCGUCUUUGACUCGAUGCGUGCCAAGAAUGAGGACGAGAUUAAGAAGCUCGACGAGAAGAUUGCUGAUGCUGAAGAAAACUUGGGUGAAAGCGAAGUUCGAGAAGCACAUUUAGCUAAAUCCUUAUAUUACAUUCGGAUAGGUGAAAAGGAGAAAGCAUUGGAGCAACUAAAGGUGACAGAAAGCAAGACGGUUGCUGUUGGGCAAAAGAUGGACUUGGUGUUCUAUACGUUGCAGAUUGGCUUUUUCUACAUGGAUUUUGAUCUUAUUUCCAAGAGCAUUGAUAAAGCAAAAAAUUUGUUUGAAGAAGGAGGUGAUUGGGAGAGGAAGAACCGUUUGAAGGUGUAUGAAGGCUUGUAUUGCAUGUCCACUCGAAACUUCAAGAAGGCUGCCAAUCUAUUUUUGGGUUCCAUUUCGACCUUCACAACAUAUGAACUUUUCCCUUAUGACACAUUCAUAUUUUACACUGUGCUUACAAGCAUCAUAUCAUUGGAUAGAGUUUCCCUAAAACAAAAGGUGGUUGAUGCUCCUGAGAUCUUGACUGUUAUCGGAAAAAUUCCAUAUCUUUCGGAAUUUUUGAACUCUCUUUAUGAUUGUCAGUACAAAUCAUUCUUCUUAGCAUUUGCUGGCCUGAUGGAGCCGAUAAAAUUGGACCGCUAUUUGCAUCCACAUUUCCGGUUCUACAUGAGGGAGGUCAGAACUGUUGUUUACUCUCAAUUUCUGGAAUCCUACAAGAGUGUUACAAUUGAAGCCAUGGCAAAGGCUUUUGGGGUGACAGUGGAGUUCAUUGAUCUGGAGCUAUCACGUUUUAUUGCGGCAGGGAAGCUUCAUUGCAAGAUUGACAAGGUUGCCGGUGUUCUUGAAACUAAUCGCCCUGAUGCGAAGAAUGCUCUCUACCAGGCUACCAUUAAACAAGGAGACUUCUUAUUAAACCGGAUCCAGAAGUUGUCUCGCGUCAUUGAUCUAUGAAGUAGUUAUGCACAUCUUCUGAUUUAGAAUCGAAUAACCAACUUUUUCAAGUUUCAAAGAAAUAUGGAAAACAUAGAGUAAUGCUUUUGGAUGUUUUCUCAUUUCAUGAUUGUGAUACUCCAUUCCUUUGUUUCCUUUCUUUUUUCCUCUUUAGGCCAAUGAAUGUGAUGCUACUGAGCUUCCAAAGUUUAAUUUGUAGCGUUGUCUGUUGUGUUCUUAUUGUGUCUGUGUCUGAUGAUUGGGGCGUGGAACUGUGGUUUUUCAAAACCACUGAUUUGCAGACGCUUUUAGCAGAACUUGGUCCUGUUUAAGUUGGUUACUUUACUUUUUCCAGCAUUCAUGAGAUUUGUGGGUGAAGUUGCAGAAGCUGAAUCUCAAAUGGACCCACCUUAUCUAAGCCUUGGGUUUGAGUUUGGUGACCACUAGCAGGGGCCAGGACUGUAGACGCCCAACCUCGCUAGCCCUAGCCCUGGUUUACCAUUUUUUUAAAUGGUUCAGCAAAAAAUUUUCUUUAGAAAGUGUCCAACCUAUCAUUAGGGCCU